AUGUUCUCGUUACCAAUAGAUGCUGCAGAUUUGGCGGUCAUUGUCCUUCUCGCUUCAGUAGCGUUCCUUGUCUUCAGACCUCUUCUUCACUAUCUUCUUGAUCCUCUCGACUUGAGAAAAUAUCCAACACCCGGCUUCCUUGCAGCAACAACUCAGUGGUGGAUUCUCAGGGAGACAUGGCUUGAACGACGCUCCAGAAGCAUCCAUGAUCAGCAUGAAAGACUCGGUGAUGUCAUCCGAAUUGCGCCUAGUCUCGUCAUCUUCAACAUCCCGGAAGCCGUGCCAGACAUAUAUGGUCAUGCUGCAGCUCGAAAGCUUGUGAAGGACACAUUUUAUGACAAAAUUGCUGGUGAAGAGCGCGACAUUGUCAAUGUCAUUGAUCAUGGCGAUCAUUCUCAGCGAAGAAAAUACCUUUCCAACUCAUUUGCGCUCAAAACAGUUACGGACAUGGAACCUGUCAUCAAACAGAACUUCCAGAGAAUGCUUGACUACUUGGAUGAAAUUGCAACCCAGGACACAGCGAGUCAGACAUUGGACAUUCGACGAUGGUUCAACUACUUCACUUUGGAUGUCAUCGGUGACAUGGCUUUUGGCCUCCCUAUGGGCUUUCUAGCAGGCAGAUAUCGUCCUCAACAGGACUUCAUGAAUAAGAUCCUGACGAACCGCGAGGGCGAAACUCGAGGGCUUUCAUUUGAAAGACUUUUAUCUGAAUCCAUCGUCUUCAUGAAUGCUGGUAGCGAAACCACUGCUGCCGGUCUUUCGAGUACCCUGUACUUUUUGCUCUCGAAUCCAGAAUGCUUCGAGAAGCUACGAGCCGAGAUCGACGCCAGACUAGGCCCGAAUCACGACGGAAUCGUCUCAUACGAUUCUGCUAAAGACCUUCCGUAUUUGAGAGCGUGUAUUGACGAGUCAUUAAGACUUCGACCCCCAAUUGCCUACGCUCUCCAACGUCUCGUGGUCUCUCCCCAAGGCGCAAUUAUAGCGGGCCAUCACAUCAAACAAGGGACGACAGUAGCAGUUUCACCAUGGACUAUUCACCGGAACAGGAAACUGCAUAAGAACCCUGAUGAAUUCGAUCCGGAGCGCUGGUUUGACCCAGAGCAAUUGUCCAAUCUCAGAAGGUACUACAUCGUGUUCAGUCAGGGACCGCGUCAAUGCCUUGGCAGGCACAUUGCGAUUGUUGAACUGCAGAUAUUGAUUCCAACCCUGGUGCGGAGAUACGACAUGUACUUGGCGGACCCAGAGAUGGACUUCGUCAUCUUUGAUCGAUUCAACUCGAACCCUGGACCCCUUCCUGUCAAGGUGGAGCGGCGGGUAUUUGUGGACUAG